UGGCAGCUACCGAACUGCAGAGACCCAGAGCGAAGGUUUACUGCCUCCAACGAAGGUCAGCCCGAGGCCAGGAGCGGGUAGGGGGAGCAGGACUGGGUCAGGGACCUCCAGGCAACAAGAAAAGGAGAGCACAACCUGUCCAGUACCGGGUACCAGACAGGGGAUUUUGCACUCCCUCCAAAGCCUGCGGAAUUGGUUGAGAGCAAGGGCUCCAUUAGAGGGACUCUGAACUUGGGGAAGAUAUAUACUUUUUAAGGACACGAGUUUCUCUGGAACGACUCCAGACCAGGGAGACACUUCCAUUUUAAGGAUACCGGGUUUGGGGAUCAAAAACGUUUAACUUUGGAGAGGAGAGCGUGUGGGACACCCUCCUAAGGCUUCCUCCAACCCCCCCAUGGCGCUACCGAGCUCCUCACAGGAUCAGGUCUGGAGCCUGGAACCUCCCACUCCCAUGGCCCCGACCUCCUCGUCCUCGGGUUCCCAGGAGCGGGAGAGAACGGGGAGCCCAGUGGUCUCCGGAGGGGUUCCCUUGGAGAAGGUGAAGCGACCCAUGAACGCGUUCAUGGUGUGGAGCUCCGCUCAGCGCCGCCAGAUGGCGCAGCAGAACCCGAAGAUGCACAAUUCGGAGAUCUCCAAGCGCCUGGGCGCGCAGUGGAAGCUGCUGGGCGAGGACGAGAAGCGGCCCUUCGUGGAAGAGGCUAAGCGGCUCCGGGCGCGGCAUUUGCGCGACUACCCCGACUAUAAGUACCGGCCUCGGCGCAAGACCAAGAGCUCCGGCGCCGGGCCGCCCCAUUUCGGACAAGGAAGCAGCAGCGUAGCUGGCGGCGGACCAGCCUGGGGGCCCGGGUACACGACCAUCCAAGGGAGCAGAGGCUUUGGGUACCAGCCCCCAAACUACUCGACAGCCUACCUGCCUGGCGGUUACAGCUCUUCCCACUGUAAACCAGAGGCCCUCUCACCAUGCUCGCUCCCUCAGAGUAACCCCAGGAUCCAAGGGGAGCUGCUCCCCCACUAUAGCCCCUACCUACCCCCAGGCUCUCCCACUCCAUACAACCCUCCCCUUUCAGGGGCCCCCAUGCCCCUAACCCACCUCUAACCCUCAUGGACAUGGACCUCCCAGGAAGGGCUCCAUCCUCCUUUUUUACCCAGAACCCACCCCCCAUCCCAUUCUCAGGCUGCAAACUCCUCUUUAGAACUGUGAUGGACCACACAGUUCAGAGGCCUGCAGUCGCCCCCAAGAAUGCCAGGGGGAGCAACACAACACUUAAUAUUUUUUGUAGGACGAACACAGUUUUGUACGAUUAAACCAUGUCUCUGUGUCUUUAUUGCACCAUUUCGGUUCCCCCUCGCUGCAGCAGGAACCAGUGCACUCGCCCUCUCCACUCCCUUCCGCCUGGACCUGCCAGAGCAGGAACCUCCACCCCACCCUGGGGCCCUGCCUGAGUCAUUCUCUGUGCCCCUUCCCCCCACCCCCCACCCUGCACUGGGGUCCAGGAGACAGUCCCAGCCAGGCUGAGGGAGGGAGGAGCCACAAGCCCCUAGUCCCUUCCGCUGUCCAGGCUGUUCUUUUGCGCCAGAAGGGAAGUGGGAAGAUGGGAGAACAGGGCAAGACUUUUGCCCAGAAUAGGUAAGUAGCUGGAAAUGGCUGCUAAAGGA